GCGAGCGUGCGUGCUUGCGAGGGUGCGCACGUGCGCGCGUAUGCCACAGCUAGCCGAGGCGGUCACGGCGUCCACACAGCAGCAACGGCGGCAGCGGCAACACAGGCAGCAUCUUCUCACAAGACUGUACCAGACGACCGCGCAGUCCACUUCCUCCCGUUACCUUUUUAGACAAGCUAAAAGCGAGCCGACGCUUGCACCGGGACUUGAGUCGGUGCUCGGCGGUGUCGGAGUGCUCCUCGAGGGGAUUUACUGAGGAUUUAUCGACAAGGUCCCAGAAAAAAAACGCUCAAAAACUGAGUUGCUGCGACCACUGGUCAACACAGGUGACACUUCCCCGGCUGUCAAAACCACCGAAAGCCCGCCGACACGUCCGGGGAAUUUUGGAGUUAUUUUGUCGUAUUAAGAAGGCCUCGAUAAAAAAACGUACAUUGUUGAUUCGUGAGGCAAACUGGACUGUCAGCCGAGAAAUUAAUAAAUAUAUUGCCGCGCUGGAGGAGAAGGAGAGCGUGCCGAGCCCGCCUGCCCGGAUGGGGAAUCAUACAAGGCUAUCUUGCUGUAGGUGGUGUGUAAUGCAGUAGAGCGGUUGUAUUUUUGGUAUUCAGCCUCCACUGUCGUUGUCUCCAGUCAUGAAGUCCCACCUGUCGGCCCGGUUAGGUUGAACGAGUUAGUGCUGUGGUGGGGCAUUUUUUAAGGUUUUUUUGUAUUGGUAUAUUUGUUAAAUUUAUUUUUAACAAGCACUUUUUUGUCUGCUUGACACUUACCACUGCUGGAGGAAGGUUAGCGAAGAGGACAAGGAGGAGAAGGAAGAAAUCUCAGGAAAAAAAAAUACAUCACUGGGAAUCUGGCCCCCCACCAGCACCCUUGGAUCACAGAUUAACAGGCACUUUAUGCGACUUCUUUGAUUUGUCUUCAUCUGUCCGUCCCUCUGUCUUUCUUCCUCUUGACGUCAAGACACACUGAAUUCCACCUGUUGGCCUGCACCACCAGCCCGGCAAAGUCAGAAUUCAAGAGGCUUUUCGAAUCAAAUGAUCUGGAUAGUAGAAGACCAAUCGGGAUGGAACGCAACAGAACCAUGGCUGGGGAAACUUUUCGGAUUGCCAAUGCUCUGAAUCAACACUGACCUGGCACCCACACCGAGGUCCGACCUCCUUACCAUCCAGCACCUCAAGGACCCUUUUUUCCCCCAACAGCUGCUUUGCCCGACAUCCCACCUUCACUCAGCACUCCUGGUCUUGAUCACACCUCCAAGAAAGCUCUUUUUAGUCUUUCAGGGUCUGCCUGUUUUUUUUGUUUUAAUCCUCCUUUUACACUUUACCUUCCAAACAGUUGGUUAUUAUCCACAUCCUCUCAUAAAAAGACAGAAGUAUUCCAAGACAGAGUGCUGGCAGGUGGCUGAACAGUAUGAAUCCAGUCAUGUACCCCCUUCCACCUGCUCUUAGUAAACAAAAUCGGCUGGGUUUGUUGCCCAGGCCACGCCCCCUUAGUCUCAUGACAGACUGCUGCCUAAUGGGGGUCCUAGGCCUCAUCCUGCUCUUCAGCCUGGCCUCGAGCCAGAAGAUAGACCCUUCCAAACACCCCAUUGUUACUACCAACUACGGCAAGCUCAGAGGCAUCAAGAAGGACUUAAACAAUGAGAUCCUGGGGCCUGUAGAGCAGUACCUAGGCGUACCAUAUGCCACAGCACCCAUCGGUGACCGGCGAUUUCAGCCGCCCGAAGCCCCGGGAUCCUGGCAAGAGAUCCGCAACGCCACCCAGUUUGCCCCUGUGUGCCCUCAGAACGUCCAUGGCGUGCUCCCGGAGAUUAUGCUGCCCGUGUGGUUCACAGACAACCUAGACGUGGCGGCGGGUUAUAUCCAGAACCAGAGUGAGGACUGCCUCUACCUCAAUAUCUACGUGCCCACGGAAGAUGGUCCGCUCACAAAAAAACAUGAUGAAUCUUCAAUGAACAAGCCUCGAGACGAAGAUAUCCGUGACCGCAGGAAGAAGCCGGUGAUGCUGUUUAUUCACGGAGGCUCCUACAUGGAAGGCACCGGAAACAUGUUUGAUGCCAGCGUCCUGGCCGCCUACGGCAACGUGAUUGUGGUGACCAUGAACUACCGGCUCGGUGUGCUCGGCUUCCUCAGUACCGGGGAUCAGUCCGCUAAGGGGAACUACGGCCUGCUGGACCAGAUUCAGGCCCUGCGUUGGCUCAACGAGAACAUCGGCCACUUUGGCGGAGACCCAGAGAGGAUCACCAUCUUCGGCUCGGGAGCUGGGGCGUCCUGCGUCAACCUCCUCAUCCUCUCGCACCACUCAGAGGGUCUGUUCCACAGGGCCAUAGCCCAGAGUGGAACGGCCAUCUCCAGCUGGUCUGUCAACUACCAGCCCCUUAAGUAUACCAAGAUCCUGGCCCGGAAGGUGGGCUGCACCUACACAGAGACGGCCGAUCUGGUUGACUGCCUGAGGCGCAAGAACUUCAGGGAGCUGGUGGACCAGGACAUCCAGCCGGCUCGCUAUCACAUCGCCUUUGGCCCCGUGGUGGACGGAGACGUGGUGCCUGACGAUCCUGAGAUCCUCAUGCAGCAGGGGGAGUUCCUCAACUAUGACAUCCUAAUAGGAGUGAACCAAGGAGAGGGGCUGAAGUUUGUGGAUGACAGCGAGGACAACGACGGCAUCUCGGCCGCAGCAUUCGACUACACCAUCUCUAACUUUGUGGACAACCUCUAUGGCUACCCUGAGGGCAAAGACAUCCUGAGGGAGACCAUUAAAUUCAUGUACACAGACUGGGCGGACAGGGACAACGGCGACAUGCGAAGGAAGACCCUCUUAGCUCUGUUUACAGACCACCAGUGGGUGGCGCCGGCAGUGGCCACCGCCAAACUCCACGCCGAGUUUCAGUCCCCAGUUUACUUCUACACGUUCUACCACCACUGCCAGACCGAGACACGACCCGAGUGGGCCGACGCCGCCCAUGGAGAUGAGAUACCGUACGUGUUUGGCGUGCCCAUGAUUGGUGCCACAGACCUGUUCCCGUGCAACUUCUCCAAGAAUGAUGUGAUGUUGAGCGCUGUGGUCAUGACUUACUGGACCAACUUCGCCAAGACUGGGGACCCCAAUCUGCCAGUUCCUCAGGACACCAAGUUCAUUCACACAAAGCCCAACCGCUUUGAAGAGGUCAUUUGGACCAAGUUCAACUCAAAGGAUAAGCAGUACCUCCAUAUUGGCUUAAAACCUCGUGUUAGAGACAACUACAGGGCCAACAAGGUGGCCUUUUGGCUGGAAUUAGUGCCCCACCUCCAUAGUCUACAUGAGGAGCUCUUCCCCACCACUACCCGCUCGCCGCCAGGCCCUGGCCCUGGAACCCACAGACCCUGGCCCAGAACCCCAGGCCCUCGCACCACUCGUCACCCCUACCCUACCUUCCCCUCUGAUCCGGAGCCUGAGGGUUCGGAGCGUCCACACCAGGACCUCUUCCCCGGAGACACCCGGGACUACUCCACUGAGCUGAGUGUGACAGUCGCCGUGGGGGCGUCGCUUCUCUUCCUCAACAUCCUGGCCUUUGCCGCCCUUUACUACAAGCGUGACAAGCGGCACGAGAUGCGACGCCACCGGCUGUCUCCUCAACGGGGCGGCCCCGCCAACGACCUGGCUCACAGCCAGGAGGAGGAGAUCAUGUCCCUUCAGAUGAAGCACUCGGAGCACGAUGCUCACCACGACAUGGAGCCACUGCGGCCACACGACAUCCUACGGCCCGCCUGCCCACCUGACUACACACUGGCGCUGCGCCGCGCCCCGGACGACGUGCCGCUGAUGACACCUAACACCAUCACCAUGAUCCCCAGUACCAUCACCAGCAUGCAGCCUCUUCAUGCCUUCAACACCUUCCCCUCCACUGGCCACAACAACACCCUGCCCCAUCCCCACUCCACCACCAGGGUAUAGUAGGGACUGGCCUGACACAGCGCCACCUAAGGACCAGGAAGACUGGCUAUGCUAAUGAUCUAGAACUGAAGCCCCUGGAAGUGGGCCUUUGUUCUGUUCUCUUAUUCUCUUGUUUCUCCAAAAACAACUCCACCUCCUCCAUCAUGUGCAGCAUGCUCCACUGGUGGCGUGUGGAGAAGCAACUGAACUGCGCGGCAGCAGAUGAUCAGUUUGGGGCUGAUGUAGAUCUUUCAAUGAUACUGUUUUCACACAAGGUCUGCUGUUCCAGACUAAAGACCCCUGACAUUUGUCGUAGGGAUGAAUGCUUUCCGCCCCUUGCUGUUUUCCCCUUUUUUACUUUGACGUCUUCUCUUUUUUCUCUCCCUAGUGUGCUAUGUGCAUAUAUCGUUCUCUUUUCUACAUCUGUGUCUUACCCCUGCUUUGUUCCUCUCAUUCGACGUGUGAUUCUCUCCCUCUCCCCAGUGCUCCUUUGCUCGAAGGAUUCAUAAACUGCUGAGCUGUAGGAGGGGGCAUAGAGUACAUACAGUAAUCAUAUAGCUAUGAAAACAUUGAUAUCUGAUACUUUCAUUCUACCAGCAUUCUUGGUGCCAAGUAUGUACUACGGUGUUUGCUUUCUCAUCAAGGGAGAAAAAAACGAAAGAAAAUUCUAGAGUAUUCCUAUUUACUGUCAAUUAACAGAUGCUGUGUGUUCUCAUGACAAAGUGCCAAACUGGCCCUCGAUUGUGUUUUUUUCUUUCUUUCAUCUUCUUUUUUUUAAGCAUUUGUUUAAUUGUUGUUUUUUGUGGAAAGAUUUUUUUUUUGCUGAAAAUAUAGAUAUAGAGAAAUGAUAUUAUAUAUAGUUAUAUAUAAAUGUGUACAAAGGAGAAAGUAUAUAAAUGGGUUUUCUCA